AGCAGAGCAGCUGGGCCCUGGGAGCUUGCAGAGCUGAUGGCCCUGGUGGAUGUUCCACGUGUAGACACAGUGAUCGUGCCAUAUAGGGUGCACAGAGGUCACGUGGGUUGUGGCCUCUGGAGUCUGGAGGCUGAAAACUCCACCCAGACUUCUGUCUCCUUCCAUCCUCCCUCCCUGAGCCUCUCCAGGUGGCGGCAAGGCUAGUGGGAGCCACAGCGCACCACGCCUCCGCCCGUCCCCGCCGCUGCUGCCGCCGCUGCGCGCCCGUGGUCUCCCCUCCCGCCGGCGGGGGCCCGGCUCAGCCAGGCGGGAACGAGUCGCGGCCCGGCUUCCUGAGCCCCGGACCUGAGAGAGGGGCUCACUGCACCAAGGAGGUCCCGCCUCUGACACCCCGUGACAAGAUGCAGCAGAGAGACAGGCCCGACCCCUGAGCCCAUGAGGGGUGAGGCCCCUUCAGGCCCAAAGAUGGGGAACGUCACUGCCAACAACGCCUCACAGAACUGCACCAUCGACCACACCAUCCACCAGACACUCGCCCCGGUGGUGUACGUCACGGUGCUGGUGGUGGGCUUCCCGGCCAACUGCCUGUCUCUCUACUUCGGUUACCUGCAGGUCAAGGCCCGGAACGAGCUGGGCGUGUACCUGUGCAACCUGACGGUGGCCGACCUCUUCUACAUCUGCUCGCUGCCCUUCUGGCUGCAGUACGUGCUGCAGCACGACAACUGGUCGUACAGCGACCUGUCCUGCCAGGUGUGUGGCAUCCUCCUGUACGAGAAUAUCUACAUCAGCGUGGGCUUCCUCUGCUGCAUCUCCAUUGACCGCUACCUGGCUGUGGCCCACCCCUUCCGCUUCCACCAGUUCCGCACCCUGAAGGCGGCCGUUGGCGUCAGCGUGGCCAUCUGGGUGAAGGAGCUGCUGGCCAGCAUCUACUUCCUCCUGCAGAAGGAGGUGGUGGAGGACGCGAACCAGCACCGCGUCUGCUUCGAGCACUACCCGCUGGCGCCAUGGCAGCGGGGCAUCAACUACUACCGCUUCCUGGUCGGCUUCCUCUUCCCGCUGUGCCUGCUGCUGGCCUCCUACCGCGGCAUCCUGCGGGCCGUGCACCGCAGCCACGGCACCCAGAAGAGCCGCAAGGACCAGAUCCAGCGGCUGGUGCUCAGCACGGUGGUCAUCUUCCUGGCCUGCUUCCUGCCCUACCACGCGCUGCUGCUGGUGCGCAGUCUCUGGGAGUCCAACUGCGACUUCGCCAAGGGCGUCUUCAACGCCUACCACUUCUCCCUGCUGCUCACCAGCUUCAACUGCGUGGCCGACCCCGUGCUGUACUGCUUCGUCAGCGAGACCACCCACCGGGACCUGGCCCGCCUCCGCGGGGCCUGCCUGGCCUUCCUCACCUGCUCCAGGACCGGCGCGCCCAGGGAGGCCUACCCACUGGGUGUCCCCGAGGCCUCCGUGGGCAAGAGCGAGGAGCCCGAGUUGUUAACGAAGCUCCACUCCACCUUCCAGACCACUAACUCGCCUGCCGGGGAAGGGUCCCCCACGGUCAGGCUGGCCUAGCCGGGGUCACCCACAUGUGGGGUGCAGAGAGGUCUGAGCUGGCUGGCUGGCUCCUGCCUGCUUUGCCAAAUGCAGGUACCUCUUUCUGCUGGAGGGAACAGUGGACCAGGGUCAGGGAACCCUGGGCCUGGGUGGCAGCAAGACCUCACUGGUUCCAGGGAGCCUGCUGAGCCCAACGGGGCUGUUGAGUGUGGGAUGAGCUCUGUCAGCUCAUGGGUGUCUUCUGCUGCAGGCUGGGCUGCUGGCGGGAGGAAGACGGUGAACUGCACCUCCAGGAAGUUGUCAAAGAGAAGCUGGGUCGGGGAGUGCAGUGUGAGGACAGGAGAGAGGGGGGUUGGGAGAUGGGGGUGGGUACCUGGCUGUGCACCUGCCCUGGCCUUCCAGUGCCAUUGUGGUCACAGAUGACACCUAUCCAGAUGCACCAGUGUUAUCUGAGGAGGUGAAACACAAAGCUGUAUUGUCAUCGUUAACCCUUGAGCCCCAACCCAUGAAGGGACAGGAAGGAAGAUGAGUGGGGCCAAGAAGUUGGAUUGGGAGAAGGAAGUUGGAGAGGCAUUUGGGACACUUGGAAUGUGCGUUGGGGACAGUGAGGGGAGUGACAGAAGAGAGACCCCAGGUCUAGACAUGUCACAAUUUCAUAGGGAGAGUUGAGCAGAUUCCCCAAACCCCAGGCUGAUGUGAAACAAAUCUUGGGGCUCCCUUAGCUGAUGUGUGUGGGCCUUUCAAAAGUCAGUACUGAAGAACCAGUGUUAGUCCGGAGGCCUGAAGCCAGUGUGUUUACUCAGGUUCCCCCCCACAGAUUCUUCCUAAUAGUGUUCCGUUUCCAUCUGCCCUGGAACACCAGACACGGAAGCCUGUGUGUGUGUGUGUGUGUGUGUGUAUGCCUGUGUGUCCAUGGUGAAAAGGCCAGGGUCUUCGUGACAGCUGUGUGCCAGGACACUGAGGCUAGAGUCAUGUGACUAUUGGCAGUGUCCCCCCACCCUGCCUCCACUUCCGUCCCCUGCCACACCCGCUAUGGAGUGUCUAGCAGUCUCCGAGAGGAGCAUGACAUUCUCCCCAAGUUCUCAGAUACAACAAAACAGUGACAUAUUCUAUGGCGUCUCUCAGCCCAAAGCUCCACUAUGAUUUAAACAGCCCCCGUGACAAAGAGAGGAAGUGGUUCCGGCCUUCUUUGUUCUCCAGCACUGCUCCUCUGCCAGAGAGGCCACCUCACCCACCUGGAGAGUGCUAGUGGGCCCGUGGGCCAUUUGUAGCUUUUGUCUUCUCCUGGAAGUAGCAGCUCUCCUGCUACUUUGUGCUGACCCCUGCCCUGGUGACCUUACCAAGGGCCAGAAGAGCCUAUUACUGCCCCAGGGACCUGCCGACCUUAACAGAAAUUCUCGUCCUCCAGAUGUCCUGGUGGAUGGGCUGGGCCCAGCUCUGACUUCCCUGGAUUUCAGCUCUGCACAGCCAAAGGGAAAAGUGGGACAGGGAUGGGGAGAUAGACGCUGGCAUCAGUAGAACAUUUCUGGAAUCUGCUAAAGGGGGGGCCAGGGAGAACAUCUUCAAUCUCUCUUGCCCUCUCUGCCCACUUCUCCGAGAGGUAGAUUUACCCUGCGUCUCUUAACCCUUCCAGCAGGGGUGCCCAGAGGCAGACCGCCCAGGCUGGAUUGCCCCAGUGAAGUGGGGUCCCGGGGCACGCUUGGCUUUGACUGGGUAGUACCUGCCCCAGCUCCUUAUGGAGGGCCUUCUAGAACCUGAAGAGGUUCUCCUCCCCUUCCUAGGGGAGGAAGUGACCAGGUCUGACGGUGGUGGAAAUGGCCACGCAGCCAAGGGCAGUCUACCCGGCCCAGAAUCUUACAGGGGCAAUGUCGCUGACUGAGCCCUCCAUGCCCCCUCCUUCCAAAUGUCCCCCUGUUUUGACCUUAAACAUGGGUGUUCCCACCGGGAUGGACUGGGAUGAGCUCAGGGCGGUCCCAUUUACUAUCAAGAGUUGUGUUUUCCUCUCUUUUAUGCCAAGUAUGUGUGUGUUGGACUGUGUAAUGGAUUUAUGUAGCAAACUAGUCUCCGAAUAAAGCAAAGUAACCAGCCACAGCUGGAGUGCUGCAGUCCUUAUGGGGAAGGAGGGUCUUCUAUGAUAACACCAGGGGGUCUAGAGGGUUCUCGAAACACCCAGUGGAGUCAGGAACGUCCAGGGACUGACUUUCUCACGGAAAACUUGAACAGAGAAAUGAGGGGAUUGACCCUUGAUCACCUGGCCGUGUCCAAGAGGGAUGGAGCCCUCAAGGGAAGGAACGUCUCCUCUCCCUUCUCUUGAGACUCAUAGAGUGUCUUCAGCUCUUGGGCACUGUUUGCAAAUCCACUCUGGAACUUGGUCAUCUCCCCUCUGAGGACGGAGCCUAGCCCUGUGGUUUGGAGAGUAUCACUCUUUCUGUCCUUGGACACAUGACCUCUUCUACACGCUGAAUAGCUGCCAAGCGAGGGCUUACUCAGACCCUCCUUACCAGGGAAGAUUGCCAACGCAGAAAGGCCUGCUGCAGUCAUCUGUCGGGGGUUGUCCUGUUUUGUCUGGGGAGGCCCACAUCUGUUGAGCAGCCUUUUUAGGCUGGAGCAUCUUCUCAGUAGUGGCAGGCUCCAUGUUUAUUGCUAAGGAUUAACUGCAUCGUAUGAAAAUGUAAAUUUGGUUUUGGUUACUUAAUCCCUCUCUGGGUCAGAUUCCUGGAGUCCUGAAGUGUUCCGGAAGAGUCAAUGCUUCUUCCAAACAGAAUGAGGACAUUAUGGGAGCUUAAGAAUCCUUUCUCUCCUGAGAGAAUCGGUGGAGGGAAAGGUCCAUCUGGUUUGGACGGAGGUGGGAGAAGCCAUUAGAUCCCUUUCUUGUUCACCAGUGUUGCUUAGCUAAACGAGGCUCAUCUUCCUGUUUAUAGAAAACUGGGCUGUGGGUCGGCCAGACAAGAGUGUGAGAAAUUUUCAGCAUAGUCCACAUCCUCAUUUGCUGAGAGAGAGAGCCAGUAUCUGUCCCUCUUGGUUCAAAGCUUUUCAGAAAAACCUGCGUUUUAUGGCUGGCCCUCCUGUAGUCCCCCUGAAUUCAUCUGGCAAGACACUGGCGUCUGACAACAGUCACCCUGAGUCACAGUGGUGCCCAGCACUCUGGGGACAUGGUGGGAUUUCAAUUCCAUUUGCUUCAAAAUUAUCGUAAGGACACUGUGAGAUGAGACACUAGAUACCAGUGCUGGAAUGGACCAUAGAAGCCAUGAUAUCCCAUUCCCUCUACAUGAUGUAUGUCCCCCAAAACGAUAGUCCAAUUUCUCUACAAAUGCCACCAAUGACACUAGUUUGCUACUACCCAAGGCGAGUCAUGCCGAGGUUGGGAAGAAUCCCAAUGAGCCAAAGUGAACCCACUUUUCCUACUGGCCUUAGUUCUGGCUCCUGGAGCCAUGUGAUCGUGUAGGGACUGAUACUUGAAGACAACUCUCAUCUCCUAUUUCUCAGUGUUAAACCCCCCAAGCUUGUAUUAGACACAGCUGGAUUGUAUUGCAGUCUAUCCCCGCCAAA